AUGGGCUGCCUGGCAGCAUAUACUCUAGUGACCGGACUAUUUACCCACGUCUCCGGACUAAUGAUCUUCACCAACCCCCCGCCGUUUGGAACAACCGGCGACUUCAGCAAUAGCCCAACAUACGACGCAGGGACUAUUGUGAACGUCGGUUGGACCCCCGGCGAAGACGGAGGCGGUGUUUCCCUGGUCCUAAAGAACCUCGAGAUAUCGAACCUGUUCUAUCUCAGUCUUUUCCAAGAAGGAAAAGGGGGUGGGGAUUCGAGUAGUCGUUACUUUUACAUUGAGGAGAGUCGCGCUGGAGAUAUUGCAUCGUCGUCUUCUUCGGUCAUGUUUCCGACAUCGACAUCGACAUCGCAAGCCGCGUCGUCGACCGGUACACCGGCCCCAACACAGACAAGCUCGCCCGAGUCAAGUACCCCAUCAAACACAGAAACAACCAGCAUACCAACCAGCAGCGCAACAACCGCACCCAACCUCUCCACCCAAGCCACCUCCCCAGCCGCCUUCCCCCUAGCCGCCAAGAUCGGCCUCGGCGUAGGCAUACCCGUCGCACUCAUCCUAGGCCUCGCAGCAGGAUGGUUCCUUUUCCGGCGCCAGCGUCACGAGAAAAACGACGUUAUGCCAGAGUACGCAGUACACGAGGUACAUGUACCUAUGACCCAGUACAAGAGCUACGACAACGCAAGUCACCACGGUAGUGAUAUGAAUGUGACGGAGGCGCCUGCGCAUUCCCCCGUGGAGUUGGCACAGGGCUAUUAUGCGUGGAAAAGUCAAGCACAGAGUAAAUCCGAGACUCCUGCAAUAGUGCGGUAUGAGAUGUGA